AUGGCGUCACGUCCAAAGAGACUUAAAGUAAAUGACGAAACGGUACGUCAAUUAUUAGACACUGAUGAUAGUGGAAGUUCAUUUAGUGAUUUCGAUGACACAGAUGAAGACCAAACCUACAACCCAAUUAUAAUUUCUGAUUCAGAUGAACAAAGUGAAACCAGCGAUACCGAACAUUCACAAGACACAAUAUUACCGGUUUCAAAUGCUGGUGUUCAAAUUUGGUCCAAUGUAACAGGUAAUAAUCAAAAACAGCUAGUUUUUAAUGGUUUUCCGGGAUUAAAAAUUAAUAUGUCAGCUAAUGCCACUGUUUGGGACUGUUUUAAUUUAUUUUUCACCGAUGACAUUAUUGAACUUAUUGUUAUUGAAACGAACAGAAACGCGAAACAGUUUUUAUCAAAUAAUAGAAUUUCCAAGUCUAGCAGGUUUACAAAAUGGGUUCCUACAGAUUCAAAAGAGAUUAAAUUGUUUUCGGGUUUAUUAAUAUGGAUGGGACUCGUUAAAAUGCCAAAUAUAGAUAGUUACUGGAGCACCAAACAUAGAUAUAUAAACUAUGUGGCACAAAAAAUGCCUAGAGAUCGCUUCCAAUUACUUCUAAGAUUUUGGCAUUUUUCAGACAAUAAAAAAGCCCCUGAAGGUGAUCAUAUUUAUGAAAUACGCGAGGUAUUGGCCGUCGAUAAGACAGUGGUACCUUUUCGUGGCAGAUUAUUAUUUAGACAAUAUAUACCGGGAAAAGCUCAUAAGUACGGUGUAAAAUUGUUUAAACUUUGCGGAACAAAUGGUUAUACUUAUAACGUUCAAGUUUGUGGAGGAAAGAGUCAAGUGGAUGGAAAGGUAUUGGGCUGUAGAGUUGUUCUAGAUCUAAGUAGAAGAUAUUUAAAUAUGGGACGUACAAUGGUCACGAAUAAUGUUUACACUUCAAUUACACUUGCAAACGAACUUUUAACUAAUGAUACACACCUAGUUGGAACUCUGCGAUCAAAUAGAGUAAAAUUACCUGAAAUAACAAAAAAAAAGUUAAGUCCCGGGGAAAUAAUCGGAAAGGAAAAUUCAGACGGUAUUAUUGUUGCGAAAUGGCGUGAUGUAACUAUGUUGUCGACAAAACAUAAUAUUGAUAUGAUUGACACAGGAAAAAAGAACAAAAAAAAAGAAUCGAUAGUUAAGCCUAGGAUAAUUGUCGACUACAACUCCGGAAAAGCGGGAAUCGAUCUAUCGUAUCAACUGUCUAGCUAUAGUACAGCUGUUCGUAAGUCUACACGUUGGUACCAUAAGGUGGCGACAGAAAUACUGUUUGGAACUGCUAUGGUAAAUGCUUUAAUAGUUUACAAUACAAUUAAUUCUGGUAAAAAAAUGAAGAUAACACAAUUUCGAGAAACAUUAGUUGAUACAUUACUCGGAUUAGAUAAUCAAGGACCACAAAAAGUUCAACAAGCAAGAGUUAACAGUAAACACAUAUUACAAGUAACAACAGAAAAAUGUGCUGGAAACAGAAAAAUCAGAAGGAGAUGUUUCCACUGCUAUCAAAGUAGAAAAGUAAUAGUUGGAUCGAAACAGGCAUCGAAGGAAGUAAAAAAGAUCACUACGUUCUGCGGACCAUGUAAAUCUUAUACAUGUAUAAGUUGUUACAAUCUGCAUCACACAGGCUAA